UGGACAUGGAUUCCGACAUCAACUUAGUGUUUCAGAGGGUCUACUGUGUGGGUGACACUAUGCUACUGAAACAUGCAAUCUUUGUGAUGAUAGCUGUUUUAAUUGUCCCAUGGCAAAAAGUGACCGCUGAGGUGGGAUCGAGAGAUAUAAGUUUCGGAGUGGAACAUCAUGAAGCUACUCUAGCGUUGCGUGACGGGUUCGAGCACACUCUAUCUGAGGAUCCAGAUGACAAUUCAUACGUUUUUCAACAAUUUUCCAGCAGCAACAACGAGACCUCCAUACGCAUAAUCGUUGCCAAAAGGGAUCUGCAAUCAGUGGACAAUAUAGAAUCAAAGCACAUUAGUUACGGUCUUAUCUAUAACAGUAGCCUGCCGCUGUUGAUCUCCUUUGAUUUGGACUCCAUAGAGGCUGUGGACCUGAGAAAUGUGUCUUGGUACUGGCUACCUGCAGCUGAGAACACUUCUCUUUCCAUUCCUGUGCAUCUGGCACCAAAGCAAAUAGGUCUAUCCUACCUUCGCUUCUUGAUACGAAAAGCAAAAGAAUUGAACCACACGAAACCCAUUUCUUGGCCACUGAACACGAGUGUUAUCACGUCAGAUGAGGCGUACAUGGGUAUGCUGGACCCCUCGGAGCUGGACUCCAUGUCAUUCGAUUACGUCGGAUUUCCGAUCGUCGUGCUUCGUGGCCAUGGUGUGGUGCAACUGAUUUUUCGCAUUGCUGUGAACAUACUGGUCGCAAUUUUCACUUUCACCAUGGGUUGCGAGUUGGAUCCGUCAUUGUUGAAGACGUACUUUUGGCGCCCCAUCGGUCCUGCUAUCGGAUUCGGAUGUCAGUUCGUCAUUAUGCCACUGGUGAGUAAGUUGAAAUGGUUUCAGUCGCGGUUGCUUGUCAAAAGACGAUUUGUAUCCAAUACAUCUCCCACCUGA